AUGGAAAACGUGCGCGAAGCAAAACGCGCUAAACCGGGACCUAAGCCUAGUGCUGUGUUGGAUUAUUUCGAAGAAGUCGGUGACUAUAGCUCUAGCUCCAAGCGCUAUGCUCGCAAGUGCAAGUUCUGCUUGACAACCUUCCCCGCUCACAGAGCCAAAGUGGAAUCCCUCAUUGCGCACAUAGCAUCCCAAUGCAAGUGCAUCCCUCCGGCCGUCUGUGCCGACUUCUGCUCACGGCACGCGGCAGAGGUAGCGGCCAAAACUGCGGAGGCUGCGCGCGACUCCAUCCCGGCGGAACAGCUCUCAACAAGCAGCACAGCAGCUGCCAGCAGUCAGGGGGGAACUGCCUCGGCCACGCGAGGAACCUCACGAUCGGCGGAAGCAUUUUGCGGACCGUCCGCAGCGGACGCACGGCGCACAGCGAUCGAAGGGCCAUUCGGAUAA